AUGAGUUCCACUGUGGAAGAGCUCUGCCUGCCAGCUAAUGACUCUUGCAAAUGCAAUGGCUGGAAGAACCCAAACCCUCCCACAGCCCCUCGUAUGGAUCUGCAGCAAACAGUCACCAACCUCAGUGAGCCAUGCCGUAGCUGUGGGCAUGCUCUAGCUGACCAUGUAUCUCACCUGGAGAACGUCUCUGAGGAUGAGAUCAAUCGGCUUCUUGGAAUGGUGGUGGAUGUGGAGAACCUAUUCAUGUCUGUGCACAAGGAAGAGGACACAGACACCAAACAAGUUUAUUUCUAUCUGUUCAAGCUCCUAAGGAAAUGCAUUCUACAAAUGAGCCGCCCAGUUGUUGAAGGAUCACUUGGAAGCCCCCCAUUUGAAAAACCAAAUAUUGAACAGCGAGCAGAGGCGGAGCCGCUGAGAGGGAGUGUCCGUGGCGUAGCUGUAUAA